AGCCCAUGAGCAUGCACACACAUUUGAACCGAGUAGCAAGCCAAAACCAGAGCAGCUGUGUUCCUAGCUUCUUCCUAGAGGCUAUUCCAGGAUGUCUCGCCCCCAAACCAUGCCCAUUUUGUUCGGCAUCGCCAUGCUAGCUGCCCUUGUUCUCACUUCCGAGGGCCGCAUUUCUAGAAAGGACUUAAGCGUCGACCUUGGUGGUGGCGGAGGUGGAAGCAUUGGGAUCGGGACCGGGAUUAGUAUUGGCAUAGGUGGUGGUGUCAGUGGCUCUGGCUCCGGGUCGGGAUCAGGUUCUGGCUCGGCAUCUGGGUCAGGAUCAGGCUCUGGCUCAGCCUCAGGUUCCGGGUCCGGUGCUGCUUCAGGUGCAGGCUCAUCAGCGGGAUCCGGUGCAGGCUCUGGUGCAGGAUCAUAUGCUGGCUCGGGUACAGGCUCCGGUGCGGGAUCAGGUGCUGGGUCUGGUGCAGGCUCUGGCGCAGGUUCAGGGUCUGGUUAUGGUCAAGGGCAAGGUGCAGGUGAAGGCCAAGGCCAAGGAUCCGGGUAUGGCGAAGGUCAUGGCUCGGGUCACGGACAAGGUUCAGGGUCUGGCUCGGGGUACGGUGAGGGGUACGGUGAAGGUCAUGGUCAAGGAAGUGGCUCCGGUCAAGGAUCGGGCUAUGGCGAAGGUCACGGCUCUGGUCAUGGCCAAGGCUCUGGCCAAGGAUCCGGAUCCGGUUACGGCGAAGGCUAUGGCUCGGGUCACGGACAAGGCUCCGGAUAUGGCGAAGGGUACGGCGAGGGUUCGGGCAGAGGAUACGGUGAUGGUUCAGGCUCAGGCUACGGCGAGGGACACGGCUACGGGUACGGUUCUGGACACGGCAAAUAAGACGAUGAACAAGGGGUUUUGUAUUACCAACCACUAUGUACGUGUUUGCUGAUGUUCUCUGUGCAUCCGCAAAAUAAACCUAUGUGAUGAACUAUAUGGAUGUACAAACCAUGCAUGCUCACUGUUUUUUAUUCGUCCAAGGCUUGAUGAACUGAUGAGUUGAUUGUUGAUGCAAA